GAGACACUCAGUAUUGCCAUUUCGCUGCUUAAAGCUGCUGGGACCUUUUGAACAGGAGCAGUGACUUUUUUUAAUAUUCGAAAUGUUAUAUAUAUGUAACAUUUUUAAAGUUAGUAUUUAUUAUAAAAGAAAUGUGGCUGAUAACUAGAAGAACUUCACCUCUGUUUCUAAUUCUUACCUCAGUGAUUUUCACAUCCCCGCUCCAACUGUCAGACUUGCAGCUCACUCCUAAGAUGACGUAUGAAGAGGCAAAGAGCUACUGCAGACCAAUAAAUAGUUAUCUAGCUGAAGUUUACAAAUUAGCAGAAAAUGUUAUUACAGAUUUAGCUUCAUGGCGAGCUGCUGAGAGAAUUUGGAUUGGACUGGAGUUGGGAGAACUCUGGAUUUGGCACUGGACUGGACCUGAUCAGGGAACAUCUUUUGUAAACUGGAGGACUGGAGAGCCACAAGAUAAACAAGAAGUGUGUGCAGCAAUGGAUCAAAAUGGAACAUGGUUUGCAAAUGACUGUGGAAUUCAAAAGGGCUUUGUUUGCCAAGCUCUGAAGGAGACAUUGGGCGAAAGAGUCUUCAUCACAGCCCCAAAUGUCUUUCACCUCGGUGUCAAAGAGAAGGUGCUUGUCCAGGUUGGAGGUCAAUACCUAAACAAACGGUUCAAAGUAUACCUGGAAAGCCAGUAUGGGGCUCUCGUGUCUGAACAGGAAACUGCAAUGUGUCGCACAGAAGAUAAACCAGACACAGUUGAGCUAAUGAUAGACAGAGACCAAUGGUCAAAAAUUGGUAAAAUACCUUAUCUCCAUCUUGUGGCGGAAAUCCCUAAUGAAAGACAGAGGACAAUAACAAAGGUGCUGGUUUCAAAACACAGGGGAUAUAUCUUCAUACAGACUGAUCAGCCAAUGUAUAACCCAACACAGAAAGUGAAUUACAGGAUCUUCACACUUAACCACAUGUUAAGGCCACAUGAGGAAUCUGUGUUGAUAUCAGUGUUUAAUGCUGCUGGAAACAAAAUAAUGAACUCCUUGAGGACUGCAGCUGGAGGGAUUUUCCAAGGCAAUUUCCCUAUACCAAGUGCAUCUGAAAUGGGCACUUUCAAGAUCACAGCACACUAUGAGGGUGAUGAAGCAAAUGCAGCUGUACGAGAGUUCAAAGUCCAAAAGUUUGUUUUACCAAGUUUUGAAGUAAGAAUUGAAGCAGAGCGGCAUUACAUAUUGUUGAAUGAUCAACAGUUUGACUUCACCAUUUCAGCAAUGUAUUCAUACGGUGAAGAAGUCAAAGGUGGCUACCACUGCAAGUUUGGUGUUAAGAAGAAUGGUGAACUGCAGAUUAUUAGUGGUCUGAAGCUGACUGGUUCGGUUCUGAAUGGAAGAGCAACAGCCACUCUUAAGUUAAAAGACAUUGACUGGAAACAGCUGGACUCCUCCCUCACUGAAUUACAGAAAAGUGGAUCUCAACUUUACAUAGGAGUUUUUGUCACCAACAUUCAAAGUGGUGAAGUACAACAGGGAGACAUUUACCUUCCCAUCUUGUCACAUAAAUACAACAUAGAUCUGUCUCGAACUCGUUCACAUUUUAUUCCUGGUGUUCCACUAGAUGUUGUGGUUGUUGUUCGUCACCCUGACGGCACCCCAGCAGUUCGUGUCCCAGUAAAUAUAUCUAUAAGUGCAUCUGAACAGCCGUUUCAUCAAGGCACCACAGAUCAGGAUGGAGGAUUGUUUCAUACCUUUAAUAUUAUCUCUACCUCUGAGAUUACAGUUGAUGUUUCAACAGAUGGUCUUCAAAGGAGCAAACAUCUAAAAGCCAGUUCAUCCAAAGGAGGAAGUUACCUUUACAUAUCAAUUACCAACAAAGUUUACAAUAUGGAUGAAUCAUUAUCUGUAACAUUUAACACUAUCAAUGGACCAAGCAAUGGAUAUAUAUAUUACCUGGUUUUGAGCCGUGGAACGAUAAUAGAAAAUGGUUCACUUCCCAUUGGUAUAUCAGUUAAACAUAAUUUGAGAAUAACAGCUGAUAUGGUUCCAGCCUUCCGCCUAAUUGGCUACUAUCACAGCAAAAAUGACAUCAUAGCAGACUCUGUUUGGGUCGAUGUCAGGGAUGAAUGUGAGAUAAAGGUCACGGUUCAACACAAAGGACAGGCUAGGCCAGGAAUACAAACUGAACUGGAAUUGGAUUUACAUAGGCAGACAGCUACAGUGGCUUUGCUAGCUGUGGAUAAGGCUUUCUAUGGUCUCAAAGCUGAUAAUAAAUUGACACCCAAACAGGUAUUUUCUACAAUGGCCUCAUAUGACCUCGGCUGUGCAUACAGUGGAGGAUCUGACCCAGAAGCAGUGCUCCUAGAUGCGGGCCUUGCUUUUGCUUCUCAGUCUGUGCAAAAAUGGAGGACAAGUAUAACGUGUGAGUCACAAAAUGUGAGACCAAGGCGUUCAGUGGACCUCAAUGAGGAAAAAAUUAAAUUGAAAUUAGAGUUUCAAGAUGCUGACCUCCAAAUCUGCUGUAGCCAUGCAUUUUCUCGCAUCCCAAUGAGAGAAAGUACAUGUCUGAAAAGAUCAGAGAGGGUCCGUCUAGUGAAAAGAAAUCAGACAUGUGCGGAUGCCUUCCUAAAGUGCUGCCUUGCAGCAGAGAAGCUGAGACAGAGAAAGAUGAUAGAGGAUUCUCAGAGCCAACUUGGAAGAACUGCAAUUACCGAUCUAAUGGAGGAUUAUUUUUUCAGAACUGAGAAAAUGAGAAAAUUUUUUCCUCCAAGCUUUGAGUUUAAGCAUUUUUUGGUAAAUGACAAAAAAAGGCAUAAUUUAUUCCUCCCUGACUCCAUCACCACUUGGGAGAUUCAAGUUAUCACACUAUCUCCAGAAACAGGUCUGUGUGUAGUUAAGCCACUUGAGAUCAGAGCAUUUAAGGAGACAUUUGUGUCGCUGAGGCUGCCUUACUCAGUGAAAAAGUUUGAGCAACUCUCAAUUUCGCCUGUUAUCUACAACUACGGUGAAAGAAACUUACAGUUGGCAGUACAUAUGGAACAAGUUGAAGGACUUUGCUCUCCUGCUUCCACCACCACCAACUCCUACACUGAAAUCACUGUUAAGAACCACUCUUCCCAGCUGGUGUCCUUUUCAGUUGUCCCCAUAAAAACUGGUCCAUUACCAAUUAAAAUCCGCCUGUAUGAUAUUAAACAUGACAAUGGAAUAGAUCAGCUACAAAAAACCUUAAAAGUACAGACUGAAGGACAGUUGGAGAAAAAGGAAACAACGACUAUGAUCAAAUUGGAUGGACGGAGUUCAAAAAUUAUCUACAUUGAUGGAACUUUGCCAGAUGGCACAGUACCUGACUCAGGCUCCAGUAUAUUCUUAUCCAUACAAGAAAACCACUUUAAUAGUUCAUAUGUGAAGAAACUCCUUUCCCCAAAGAAGGUUUCACAACUUAUUACUCUACCGAGUGGCUGUUUAGAACAGACGAUGAGGGGAUUAAUGCCAACAACUUUAGCUUUGCGCUACCUUGACUUGAGUGGCGGGUGGUUCAGUCUAAAUUCUGUUGCUCGAGAUAAGGCUCUUGAUUACGUUGAACAUGGCUAUAUCAGAGUUUUAUCAUAUAAUAAUUCCAAUGGAUCCUUUGGAUCAUGGACAUCAGUGGCACCAAGUAACUGGUUGACUGCUCUCGUAGUAAAGAUUCUAUCUCUGAUUGCGGAGAGUCAAAAUUUUGGUGGUCGAGUUCAGGGUCGAAGCCUUAGAAUGGUUCAAGAAAAUGAGAUCAACCACCCUGUCAGUUACUUGGUUUCAAUACAACAGAGUGAUGGCUCAUUCAGAGACCCUAAUCCUGUGUUACACAGAGAUGUUCUGACAGGAAAAGACCGAGAUGCAUCCAUGACCGCUUUCAUCACCCUUGCACUGAACCGCUCCCAUGGAUUUCUUCCACCAGAAAAUCUAAAUGUUGUGGAGACAAGCAUCUCAAAGGCAACAGCUUAUCUCCAGUCCCAAAUUGAAGAGCUCAGCCAUCCCUAUGCAGUGGCUAUUACAGCUUAUUACCUAUCAGAGGGGAAUGGUCAAUCACGCGCAUGGCAGAAACUUCAAUCUAUGGUGAAAAGAGACAAGAAUGAUUGCUACUACUGGACAGACACAGAAGCUAUUAAAGCCAUCACCAUAGAGACAACAGCCUACGCUCUACUAGCUGCUGUAAAAAUCGGUAACAAAAGUUGGUCAGAUAAAAUAGCCUGCUGGUUAGUCAGCCAAGAAAACUAUUAUGGAGGCUAUCGAUCUACUCAGGAUACCCUCAUGGCACUGGAAGCCCUGUCAGAAUAUGCACUGGCAAAUCCUAAACCUCCCAUUAUAGAUGUAACAGCAGAUAUCAGAAUCCCAGUGAAGACUGACAUGGUUAAGCUUGCACUGGCAAACAGCGAUAAGAUAGUGGAAGCAGACCUAGAGAAAUUUACUGGGAACAACAUUACAGUAGAAUUGAAAGGACAAGGACAUAUCAAGCUGAAAACUUUAAAGACAUACCAUCUCCUGGACCCUGAAGAUGGUUGUUCCAAACUUAAUAUUACUGUCAAAGUGGAGGGGAAAGUGGAGUACACUGCAAAAAUAAAAGAAAAUUAUGACUACUACGAUGAUGACUAUAAUUCUGCUGAGGAAAAGCAGACACGAGUAGCACGGUCGACAUUUGAGGAUUGGGAUACUCCCACACGAAGCCGGAGAGAUCUUGAAAAUGAGAUAAAUUCAGAUAGUAUUGUUAUCUAUACUGUCUGUGUCAGCUAUAGCCCAAACAGCCCUCUAACUGGAAUGGGAAUCGCAGAUAUCACAUUACUUAGUGGAUUUGAGGUGGAAGAGGAAGACCUGGAAAGGCUUAAACAGCUACCUGAGCAGUACAUUAGCCAUUAUGAGAUAUCCCCUGGAAGAGUGCUUCUAUAUUUUAAUGAGCUGUAUGAAACCAAGGAAUGUCUGACUUUCACUGCUAAUCAGAAAGUGCCAGUUGGCCUUUUACAGCCUGCUCCAGCUGUAUUCUAUGAUUACUAUGAACCAGGUGUGAAGUGCACUGUGUUCUACUCACUCCCACAAAGGAGCCAGUUGGUCUCUAAGCUGUGCUCAGAAGAUGUUUGCCAGUGUGCAGAAAGGCCCUGUCAUAAAGUACAAGAGACCUUCAAGAGAGUUCGUGGUAGAAAAAUCACAAAGGAAGCCCGUGUGAAUCACGCCUGCUUCUCCCCCACAGUGGAUUAUGCGUAUAUUGUGGAAGUCCAGGACGUUUCUUUUAAGAGCAACUUUGAGCUGUACAAAGUCAGAAUUAUUGAGAUCCUUCGAACUUAUAAUGACCUGCAUGUGAGGACAGACAGUGUUCGAGUGUUUGCCAAAAGACUACAUUGCAAGGGGGGGUUAGAGCUUAAAAUGCAGUAUCUGAUAAUGGGCAAAGAUGGUGCCACUAAAGACUCAGAUGGAAAUAUGCAGUAUCUGUUGGAAUCAAACACCUGGGUGGAAAGGAAGCCGCUAGAUGUGGAGUGUAAAAAAUCUGGGAACAUCCGUACUUGUAAUGAGUUCAAUACAUUCAUUGACGAGUACAAAACUUUUGGCUGCAGACAGUAAAUCUCAGUCGCAAAUCUGUUAAACUUCCUGCAAUUUAGACAUGUUUACUUUGUUUUUGUGAUAAAUUAGCUUUUAGUAUAAAAAUAUUGCAUUAUUAUAGUAGACUGUCAGAAAAAUGCAAGGAUGAUCCGAACAUAAUCAAAUAACUCACUUUGCUUUACAGCAACUUUAUCAUUUUCAGUAAAAAUAUUCUUUCAUUUCUUUAUGUUGCAGUUGUAAGGUACUUUACUGAAAUAAACACUGCUUAUUGUUGUGUUUAGAAAGCCCUUUUGUGUUUAUCAUUGCUUUUACAUCCACUCAUCAAUGUUCUGCCUCUUAUCAGAGUCAGAGGGGGGUGGUUCCUAUCUCCAGCAGUCUAUGAGCAAAAGGUAGGUUAGAUCCUGGACAGGUCACCAAUCCAUCAAAUGGCAACAUAUAGACAUGCAACCCUGCACACACAUACAAUUAUACCUAAGGAUACCUGAGUACCCAGAGAGAACCCAAACAUUCACAAGGAAAACAUGCAAACUCCAUAUAGAAAGACCUCAGGCCAGCAAUUGAACCCAGGACCCUCUUGCUGCAAUGCAACAGUGCUACAAACUGUACCAGCAUGAAGUAAAAAAUUACAAUAUCAUACCAGUCUGUCAGGAAAA